CUUCGGCGCUGCACUCACGGUGGAUUUAGGAGAGAUAUUAUGAGGCUGUUGUCAUUAGGGCGAUCGCGGCCGAAUCACUGAAUCGCUUUGCGCCUCGGCGGCGGCGGCGGCGGCAGCGGCGCCCGGGUCGGGAGGUGUGUGUGUGUGGAGAGAGCCCGCAGCAGCGCGCGGAUGCCUGCCUGCCCGCCCGCCUGGGCACGCGUGUGCGUGUGAGUGAGCGAGCGAGCCGGUGCCUGCCUGCCCGUGUGCGAGUGUGUGUGAAAGGUGGCGGGAGUGAGUGAGGGUGUUUGUGUGCGUGUAUGAGAGAGAGAGGGGAGUGCGCGCGCGCGGCUGAGUGCGUGUGUGCGUUUGGAUGAGGGUCUCUAUGUGGCUGCGCGUGCGGGUGCGGGUGUGGAUGCGCGUGGGGUGCGUGAUCCCCCUGUCCCUCCCCUCUUCCUCUUCUUCUUUCUCUGCGCCUUCUCCGUCUUCCUGUCUUCCUUUCUUUUCGCUUUGAUCCAGCUCCUCUCUCUCUUUCUCUCUCUUUCCCUUUCUCUCUCUUUCUCUUUCUCUCUCUCGUUUUCCGACCCCCCUUCCCCGUCCGCCAGGCUGGGUCCCAUGGUGUUCAGGUCCCCUCUAGAGCUCUAUCCCACCCACUUCUUCCUGCCAAACUUCCCCAGCGACCCGCACCACCACCACCGCUCGCUCCUUCUGGCCAGCGGUGGCAGCAGCUCCGGACCUGGAGGAGGAGGAGGAGGCAGCGGCGGUGGCAGCGGCGGCAGCGGCAGUGCCGCCACCGGUUGUAGCGGAGGAUCCGCCGGUGGCGGCGGCGGAGGAGGAGGCGCCUCUCGAGGAGCCCCGGAAGAACUGUCCAUGUUCCAGCUGCCCACACUCAACUUCUCCCCGGAGCAAGUGGCCAGCGUCUGCGAGACGCUGGAGGAGACGGGCGACAUCGAGAGGCUGGGCCGCUUCUUGUGGUCGCUGCCGGUAGCGCCGGGGGCAUGCGAGGCGAUCAACAAGCACGAAUCCAUCCUGCGCGCCCGGGCGGUGGUGGCCUUCCACACGGGCAACUUUCGAGACCUUUACCACAUCCUGGAGAACCACAAGUUCACCAAGGAGUCGCACGGCAAGCUGCAGGCUAUGUGGCUGGAAGCGCACUACCAGGAAGCCGAGAAGCUCCGCGGGAGACCUUUGGGCCCCGUCGACAAGUACCGCGUGCGCAAGAAGUUCCCCUUGCCCAGGACCAUCUGGGACGGCGAGCAGAAGACGCACUGCUUCAAGGAGAGGACUCGCAGCCUCCUGAGGGAGUGGUACCUCCAGGACCCCUAUCCCAACCCCAGCAAGAAAAGGGAACUGGCGCAGGCCACCGGCCUCACCCCCACGCAAGUGGGCAACUGGUUCAAGAACCGCAGGCAGAGAGACCGGGCGGCCGCCGCCAAGAACAGGCUCCAGCACCAGGCGAUCGGACAGAGCGGCAUGCGGUCCUUGUCAGAACCGGGCUGCCCUACCCACAGCUCGGCGGAGUCUCCGUCCACGGCGGCCAGCCCCACCACAAGCGUCUCCAGCCUGACGGAACGAGCCGAGACGGGCACGUCCAUCCUCUCGGUAACCUCCAGCGACUCAGAAUGUGAUGUAUGAUAACGGAACAA